AUGGGUCUGUCGCCUAAUUUCAAGGCGGUCGUCAGGUGUUGCAUGCACGCCUCCCAGAAAGCCUUGGAGAAUGCGAUAAAGGCUUGCAAGCCCGCGCAGAAAGUGAUCGAUGAUUUGAUCUUCGCAUACUCUUCAAGCUCGACGACUGGCCAGGCCAAGGACCUUGGAGGAUUGAGUCGCGCCUUGCGUAAUUCUUGCAAGGUUAAUGCGACUUUCAUGCGGUACGCGAAUGAGUUUGACGCAGUCCUGGAAAAGGCCUGCAAGGUUAAUUCCUUCGCUGCGCAGCGGUUCAACACCAUCCUGGAGGUCUCACAGGGGCUUAUCUGGAAUGUGACUCCGUUGGUGUCCUGCCUUGUCGAAAUCCACAAACGAGAUGACAGACUGCGUGCGUGGGCAGCCAAGAUGCUCCAAGCCCUCUGCCCAAAGAGCCUGAUCUUGCUAUCGCUCUUGGCAGAGCUUGCUGCCUGCGCAUCUAAGUUCUGUCAUGCUUUUGACAAUGCCAAGAAAUCUGGGAAGCGCAGCUCCAUCACUCGGACUGCAGGACUGCUGGUGCAACUGAAGGACGAGCUGCAGCGGCUUUUUUACUUCCAACGGCCGGAUGGCUCUUUUCAAGAGCCGUUAUGCCUGGCGGAGCACUAUACUGCGGGAUUCCUGCAGCUGCUGCAGAGAUCCUACAGUUUGUUGGAAACCAAUGCUCACGUGGAGAACAACCGCAUCGUCUUCUACCAUGGCGGGGCGAAAAGCCAAGCGAAUCUACAAAGUAUGGUGGCCACUGCACUGGGAACAAUCCAGACCGUUAUCGAGGCCUAUCUUGCGGGCCUGGACGGCGAAUUUGCCGGGCUCGCGUAUUCUCUGCAGCCUUUUGACUGCGAGAGCUGGCAGAAACAUUGCAGCGACGAUGCUCUGUGGCCUUGUCGCACCAUGAGCAUACGAGUCCGUGUUGUUUGGCAGAUUCCUGUAGUUGGCAUUCCGGCGCUCAAGGGUGGAAGUUCUGGGCGAUCUCGCCAAGAUCCUUAA